AUGUCAUCGUUGGCACCGGAAGCGCAACUCCCAUCACCCGGGCUGAAAACCUCUGUGUUUAUAUUCUGUGUUGAACUUCUGAUUUGGGCUUCUUUAACAGACAAGUCGGCUCAUUUCAAAAUCCACAAGACGAUAAUAUUCUUCCUAAGCGACAAACAAAGCAACAAAACUGGCCCCUCCACUGCCUGUCACCAUGCCCGCUCUGCUGGAGAGACCGAAGCUGUCCAACGCGAUGGCCCGAGCCCUCCACAAACACAUCAUGAGGGAGAGAGAGCGCAAGAGACAAGAGGAGGAAGAGGUGGACAAAAUGAUGGAGCAGAAGAUGAAGGAGGAGGAAGAGAGGAAGAGGACAAAAGAAAUUGAGGAGAGGAUGUCUUUGGAAGAAACCAAAGAACAGGUGAUGAAGAUGGGAGAAAAGCUUCAGGGACUCCAAGAAGAGAAGCACCAGCUUUUCUUACAGCUCAAGAAAGUGCUUCAUGAGGAGGAGAAGCGGCGCAGGAAGGAGCAGAGGUACGAUAUCACGACAUUGACCUCAGCCAGCUACCAAUCCAGCCUGCCCAUGCACACAGGGCAGCACCUCCUCAGCAUUCAAGGUAGUCCGGUCAGCCACAGUCGACCCGGUGCGCUCCUCGGUGAACGUAGCAAACAGCUGUUCCCGGCCUCUGUUAUCCCUGCUCGUCACUAUCAGACGCCCGGGUUCGGCUCAAGCUCAGCAGAGCACGGACAGUUCAGCGGGAGCCAGGGGGUCCAUGAGUCUUACGGGGUGGCUCAGGCCCAACACCCUUCUACCUACGCCCCUGGACCAUCUGUACCUGUCAGCUUCGCUAGCAGCUCUCAAAUCAGAGGUGCGUCUGCGUUCCAGGCCAUGCAGUACCUCCCCCACCAGCAGCCUGGAUACCCCGUCCACAGUCAUUUUACCUCCCAGCCAGGAUACAUCCCUGGAGCAGGAAUCCCCCUCCAGAAGCAGCUGGAACACGCCAACCAACAGUCAGGCUUUACAGACGCAGGAGCUUUAAGGCCGAUGCAUCCACCAACCAUGCAUCCUUCUGCUCCAGGUCUUCUUCCCACGCCAUCGAUGACUGUCCAGAUCCCCACUGCAAAGUCCCCGUUCCAGAGCUCUCCUCAGGGUGCUCCCCGUCACGGCUUCCUCCCCCACAGCCAGAGCGGACAGAGGUUCUAUCACCACGGCAAAUAAAUCCUAACCAACGUCACCUUCGUCGUCGCUGAGAUGUCACAGCUCAACUCAAGAACGCGGGGAGAACCUUUUGGAGCGAGUCAUGAAUCGACUUCUCUGUGAGAUUGGUGUUUUUUUCCCCCCCCUGUACAACAUUUCCAUUUGACUUCAUUAACAGAAACCUGAAGUCCUUUUUAAUUGAUUUUUAUUGACUUCAAAUAAUGUCAAAUUGUAAAGCAGAUUAUUUUACCUACACUGUAAAGCCGUUCUGGUGGUGCUGUAUGUACAUACACACUAACUCAGAUGUGAAUAGGUUGUAUGAAGCAGGAUACUAAUGUGCUUUAUAAAGACAUGAGCAGUGCUUGACUAAAAGCAGCAGAUCCACAAUAAGUGAAAGUCCUCAGCAGUGGUUUAAUAUUGGAUCACAGCACUGAAUAUGAAACCCACUGACUUAAUGAAAGACAGUGAUUCAUUGUGCAGCUGAAUUCUGGUUGAUCACAAUGGAGCCAUUAUACUUGCUUAACAAAAUUGAUCGAGGAAUCUUGUUUUGAUGUUUUCCUUUUACAAACAUUUGUACAUCCUCUGCUGUUCCAAUCUUUCAUGUUGUUUAAUAAACAAAAAACACAAAUGCCACGUUCAA